UCUCUUUCUGCAUUGAUCGGGCGUGGAAUGUUCCUAUUAAGUUCUAAACGCCCAUCUUUUAUUGAAACGUUUCAUUUCCCUACACUCAACUUUUCCGUCGUUUUUCCUAACCAAUCAAACGUCGUUACUUUCGAUUUUAAAAGUUCAGGAACUGAUGAGGAUCUCGCUUGGCUUGAGUUCCACAAUGGCGUGGCGGCGGGCUUACAACUCUCCCCGACUAUCGAACUCGUUGAUUCCUCAUGGGUCGCUUAUAAUAAACAUAUCACUUCUCUGAAUUCUUUAAACACACACUCUGGGUUCCUAUUGGCUGUUGGUCUACAAGGUCACAUGAAGCACUUGGCUCUGUGGAUGGUCUACAGCUACCUGUCCAAGCGCCAUGAGGCAACCACGCUGGCUUUGCUGUUAGGCAUGGCGGUUGCUCAUCGAGGGUCCCAGGACGAUUAUGUUUAUCGGCUUCUAAGCAUUCACAUCCUGGCCCUUCUCCCACCCGAUUCGACGAGUUUAAACAUAACUGAAACUGUGCAGACGGCGGCCAUUAUGGGCCUGGGACUGCUUUUCCAAAACACGUGUCAUCUGCGUAUAAUUAAACUUCUGCUCAAUGAAAUCAAGAUAAAUAUCUCACGCGGUUCGUUCCGCCAACCAGAAAGCUAUGCGCUUGCCGCCGGCUUUGCUCUUGGCUUUGUGGCUUUAGGUCAUUUCGCGCGAUUUUAUAAGUUCAACCCUUUGUGUGAUUAG